AUGGAGGCCGACGUCCUCGAGUUCCUCAAGCCCUCGUCCAGCCACGGCGGCUCGCCCAGGGCUCCUCGCAUAGACGUAGCUGCCGCGCAGCGAUGGCCUGGCGCCGCCGACUUUCUGACCAGAGCCGCUGCCUCGAAUCCCCAGUCAACCUCGACCUCGCCCGUCCCCUCCUCGAUGCGUUCGGCCGGCGAAAGGCCCUCGCGGCCCCGCUCCAAGUCAUUGGCUGUCGGCUUCAUAAACACUGCUCCGGAGAUCAUUGGCGAGGGCGGCGACGAGGCUGAAGAGCCUCCCAUAGACAUUUCCAGGCGGCGUGUUGCGAGGGCUCGGGCAGCAAAGGAAGGGCGCAAGGUUGAGGAGAGAGACUUGGGCCGCGCGACCACCGUCUCUCAUAGACAUGAGCGGUCCGAGUACGCUAAGAGAGCUCACACCUCCUGGGCACAAAUGUCGCCCUCGUUCCAGCAGCGUUUCAGCCGCCCGAAAUCUCCGCCCCCGGCCCAACCUCCACCGUCUCGUGAUCAGUCCGAGCCGGACAUUGAGGAUGAGCCUAACAAGAACACUUUCCGUCGCGGAUCAGGGCCGUCUGGGGCAGGAGAGCAGAGUGCCCUGAACCCUAAUAGAGAUCACCCUGAUCCCCACGCGGGCCAACGCAAGCGGAGCCAGACCGGCCCGUCGGAGAUGGCACCCGACUCCAAUGACAGCUCAGCAUUCCGCCUGCCCGAGUUAGAGAAGGUGGCAUCGGAAGAUUCAGUGCUUGAAAUGAACGAUGAGCUGAGCCGCUACCUGGCCGCCGAGCCCACCGAUCCCGACUCUUUCUCGGCCCGCGUCCAGCACCAGAUGAACUCGGAUGAGGGCAAGGCCCUGCAUGAAGGCGCCGCACAUACAAGUGCGUCUCCAGAGGCUGAUCCUGCGGCGCCAAUCUCAAGCUCGAGCGCGUUUGAUGUUGGAUCUCCUCACUCAAUAUCGUCUAACUCGAAUGCCUCCGCAAGGGCGCCCCACGAUCAAGGCGGCUACUCCACCAAAGACCCUUACCAAACGAACCCCUUCGUUGAUCCUAGCGCUGAUAAGAGGCACUCUCAUUCUUCUUCAGGUGGCCACCUCACCUUUCCGAGCUCGCACAACAGCCCCACCGACACGGCUCCCUCACGCUCGCUGCGCGACCUUGACAGGAGCCCCUUCACUUCUCCUCCGCCCACCAACCGCAACCUCCUUCCAGGUUCCCCUCAGCCACCCCCUCACCCCGCCUCUCCCGGUGUCUUCAGUCCUGAGGCACGCACUCCAACCCAACAAGACUUUGACGGCGGCGUCAAAUCACCUCCGAUCGGCUUGAAGCCCUCUGCCUUCCCACAGCACCCAAUGAAAUCACCAUUGGCCGUCGACAUCCCCAAGCAGCCUGCGCGCUCGCCAGGCCCAGAUAUUGCGCCAUGGAGCACCACAUCCUCUCACCGCGACAACCUUGCGGCUGCUGGCGAUGCUGCAUUCGACGACUUUGCUGAGCGGGUGACACACAUGAGGGGUAUCUUCCGGCUGACGGCUGAGAUUGAGAAGCCCAUGUUCCAAUACACACCACUGCAGUGGAUAAGGGCAGCUCAAUGGUGGUUCCUGAAAGGCCGCGCCGGUCUGGAAAUCCUGAUCAGGAACAGGCCGAGGAGCGCGGAUGGCAGCUACCAGCCCGGCGAGCAGAAGUUGGCCCAGGCCCACGUCGACCUCGCAAAGGCUUGGUGGAUCCUGGCGGAGAUGACCAACGAACACCCCGGCGUGAAGAAUUUUGGUAACGUCCCUUCGCAGGCAGAUGCGGCCACUAAAGCCGGCGAUGAGGAGAUGGCACAAUUCUGGGAGGCUCAGGAAGCCGCCAUGGGUAGCUUGAAGGGUCUAUUGAUCUCUGUUCAGCGGAACCAGGUCAUGCCCCCAGAGUCAUCUCUUAUUCAAGGACAGGAUCAGAACAUCUGGGUGAAAUAUCCUACCUUCGCGCUUGAUGCGCAGACCGUUCUUGCUGGCAAGGCUCGUGGUCUUGUCAUGGAUGAGUCAAAGCGCCAGAUCAGUCCUCGUGCAGUGAUGCCACUCAGCGACACAAAGGAUGACUUCUGUUACGGCCGGAUGUUUGUCACCGUUUCGGUCACCACCGAUGAAGAAGAUGGCGACAGUGUCGCCCUUCCUUGCGUCCUUUCGAUCAUGCGACCCCGCAACGACUGGCAGGUCAAGGUCGGUAUCUGCAGCCAGAGUGAACUCCUCACCGUCAGCAUUCAAGGUGACCCCAAGAAGGGCUGUACCUGGGAUGAUGUCAAAUGGAAGAGCAAUGGCCGUGGCCUGACCGUUCGCUUGCCGCGUGGCUUCACGCUCAGUCUGGAUCUGAACGAGAAGGACUACAAGCAGCUUUGGGGCAUCUGCGAAUACACUCGCACCGUCGAAGCCAGUCUCCAGCCUCGCGAGAACGAGGCGCUGUUGCACGAGGUCACCCUCAAAGACCUUCAGUAUAGGGACCCAGAGAACCCCGCCUUGUUCGGUAACGAGCGUUUGAAGCGUAGCAGGGUGCGCGUCUUCGAGAAAACGGUAACCCUCAACGAGGGCACUGGACAACGAAAGUUCCACCGCGGCUACAGGCUGCUUCUGAUCACCAGCCCCAAGAGCAAGACUCUCAGCAGCGUCAGCCACGAGUUCACUGGUCAGCGCCCAUUGGUGUUCGAGUUUAAGGGCGAUCCUGCGGACGAGAACACCCCUCUCAUGGUUUUGCGACUCAAGGAGGGCAAGAAGAAGACAUGCUCCGCGUACUUGACGUUCCACGAAGGCAAGGAACGUGUGCAGCUCUUCCAAUUCCUCAACGGCCUCAUGGUCGGUCAAGACGAGAUGUGCUGGGCGCAGUUGCCCUUGACCGGCUACCGGGUGGAGCAGCUUGGCAUGAAGGACGUCUGGCAACAGGGCCAUGAUAUUGUCAAGAAGCUGCGCUGGCAGGAUGUCAAGGUGAUGAACGCGGAUCCAGAAGAUGCCGAGAGCGAGCUUCCGGACGUGAUGCUCUCCGAGAACCUGCGCGUUGUCUGUAGGCACUCUUGCGGUUCGGUGACCGACCGGAUGAACUUUGGUCCUAGUGAGAUGCUUGUCCGUCUUGACAACAGCGGCGGGCCGGAACUUCACAUGCUUCGUUUACCACAGGAAGACGCGACAGCCGCCGUCGAUGCCAAGCGUGCUGAGGCUCACCUUCCAGACGCAGUCAGCGAUCUGCUGCGUACCGUCAAGACAUCUCCCUCUGUCCGCACCUACAGUUUCCCCUCCCUCAAAGAACUUCACCAAUUCCAGACCGCUGUGACCGGCUUCCGUGUCCAAUUCGAUGGUAUCGCCUCUAGCUUCGCCAUCUCCCGCCGCCGCAUGGUUGUGCCCAUCUACAAGCGGUGGGAAGCAUCGCAGGUGCGCGUGCAACUUGUCAUACAGGAGAACGUCUGUCAGCUGCUUGCCUUCUUUGAAGACUUUUCGCACGCCGAUUCGAUGAACUUCCAGCUCAAGUCAAUGGAUGUUUUCGAGAAGGUGGAGCUCAAGGGAAGCAAGGGCGAGAAGGGCCGCUUCGGCCUCAAGCUAGUCGACGCCAAGUUUGCGCUGCCGCGCGAGAAGAGAAAGGACGAAGAAGGACUCAAGGACGACUACGACGUCAUGAGGCGCAGGUUUGCGUGCUUGGACAUGCCCGACUACCCCGGCGAGCACGACGACAUCACUCUCGGAUUCGAAAACGAGGCCGACCGCGACCGCUUCGCCGAAAACUUGCCUGCUGCAACUCAGCUAUCGCGCCUGAUCUCGUUCAAGCGCAAGAUCUGA